AUGGAUUCUGUACCCAAAUCAAUACAGAAGGUCCAGGCAUCACUUGAGCCUUACAUCAAAUCACGGGAGCAAGUGGCCUACAUUCGACGCGCCUUAGCUCUUCACCUUCAAGCUUGUGGCCAGCCCAGUUCAAUCCAGAAGCCACUCUCACUCAUCGAUUCCUCGUGCAGAGUUACACCGACGCAAGAGGUUAGAGGCUUACAAAAGGAAUAUCUCAGAGCACUGGACGCCAACCUCAAGGCUCGCAAUGAGUACGAGAACGCAAGAAAUGAAACGAUGACAGCCCCUUCUUCCCGGCCCAAAAAUGCCGAUACCAAAGACCAGGUCGAAGAGCACGUUACUCUCGUCAAGUUGCGACAGAAACGCCAACGCCUACAGACGGUACAGAAAUACCUGGAUCUGUUGAUGCGCCAACCUGCAGCAUCUCCGGACUUUCUCGACCCGGAUGACAUAUUCAAAAACUCACCCCUUCUUCCAAAUGUGCCCGAAGAAGUUUUGAGCGGCUUUACAGUCAGUGCGAGCACUACCAAAACGGACCUAGGUGGGCUGGCUGGUCAGUUGGAAAAGGUCGUGCUCAGGGCCAAGUUGCUCCUGCAACGUGAGGAACAGCUUUUGGCAGAUGUUCGACAGAGGACGGGGGCCUUGGCAGGCCAAGUCAGUGACGAUGCAAAGGUGCAUGCUCUGGAUACGACUCGAACAGAGCUGAUCAACUGGAUCGAGGCUGAGCUCAGCAAAGCGUCGGGAGAGUCGGAUGAUAAUGCAGCGACAGAGAGAAACGGGUUCAACUCCCGUACUGAACAAGAGACUAUCGACCAACAUUUAGCCGAGAUCAGGGACAAAUACAACAGAUACACGGCAGCGAGAAAAGCAGUACUCAGCCUCGUCUCAGAACCGACACAGCCGGUUCUGAAACCCGGGGGCGAGGGCACAACCAGCUCUGGCCAAAGCCAGAGUGUACCAGCGGCACCGGCCGCCCACCUCCUCAUUCCUUACCUCGACAAGCUUCUCUCCUUGUCGCGGGAACAAAAGGGCAUGAUAACACAAAAGUCACACGUUCAUGCCGUUGUGGCCAAGCAGGCCAAAGAAACUCAGCAGGCACUUGACCACCUCGCCGAAGAAAGCCAGCUUCUCCCGGAGCACCCCAUGUCUGGCGCAGGCAGGCCAAAGUCUGGCUUCGGAGAGGACUUCUCCGCCGCCAUGUCUGAGAAACCGACGUCUUCGGAUCGCGUUAAGCCCUGGAUGUUCGCGGCAGACUCAGCAAAAAUUGCUACACUGGAAGCAGUUGCUGAAAAGAUCGAGGAGGGCCAGGUCGCGCUGGAAGGGUCUAUGGCGGCGCUUCAGGAAGUCGAUAAACUGCUGGGCCAAGGACCCGAGGAGCCUGAGAAGGAAGCAGGGGGGGAUGCGACGGAGGAAGACAUUUGGCUGUCGCAAGGGUCGGCCAACAAGACGGACACAAGGAAGCAUGCGACCCAUCAGAGGAAGGAAUCAAUGGUUAACCCUAACGACAUCUGGUCUGCCAUCGAUGGAAAACUUGGUCUCAUCGGAUAA